AUGCUGCGGCGGUGGGCUGUCUGCUUGGGGCCUGCGAAGGCAGCGGCGACGACGACUGACGCAGCGGCGAAACUGCCGGCAGGGAAGCCGGUGAACAAGUCGUGGUUCCGUCACAACCUCAUCAUCCGGCGCAAGGCGUCGUACCGCUCCCGUUGGGGCACAGGUGCCGAGGGAUAUGGCACGGGUGUCCCAUUCAGCGAUCAGGUUAAGCUACACUGCGUCGACAACACCAACUGCAAGCACGUGCGGCUUAUAUCGAAGGCCACGGCGGAGCGUUUCGCACAUUGCCGCGUGUUUCCUGCAGUGGCGCACCGCGUUUCGGUACAGCGCUUCAAAUCCGGUCGGGGCGAGGUGAGCCGACAUCGUGUGAAGCCCGGUAAUAUUUAUUGGGUCUGCCUGCUCUCUAGGCGCCAAACCAACACUAGGAUGAGUGGUCUUCAGACAAAUUUUGACAGGAAUACAUGCAUCUUGAUGAACGAUCAACGCGUGCCACUGGGUACUCGUGUGAUGUACUGCGCUGGACGCCACGUCAAUCAUAAGUACCACCUGAAGGCAGUGGUGCUUGCAAAUUUUUUUGUCUGA